AUGCAGAGACUCGGGGCCCUGCUUCUGCUGCUGACCGCCUGCCUGGCAGUGAGUGCCAGCCCAGUGAAAACACCACUCAACGACAUCCAAGUGCAGGAGAACUUUGACCUCCCUCGGAUCUACGGGAAAUGGUUCAACAUAGCCAUUGGCUCCACCUGCCAAUGGCUGAAGAGGUUGAAGGCCGGGCCGACCAUGAGCACCCUGGUCCUGGGAGAGGGAGCUACAGACACAGAGAUCAGCACAACCAGCACUCGUUGGCGGAAAGGCUUCUGUGAGGAGAUCUCUGGGGCAUAUGAGAAAACAGACACAGCUGGGAAGUUCCUUUAUCACGGAUCCAAAUGGAAUGUAACCUUGGAGUCCUAUGUGGUCCACACCAACUAUGAUGAGUACGCCAUUUUUCUGACCAAGAAAUUCAGCCGCUAUGGACUCACCAUUACUGCUAAGCUCUAUGGGCGGCAGCCUCAGGUGAGGGAGAGCCUCCUGGAGGAGUUCAGGGAAUUUGCCCUGGGUGUGGGCAUCCCUGAGGAUUCCAUCUUCACCACGGCCGACAAAGGUGAGUGUGUCCCUGGAGAGCAGGAGCCAGAACCCACCGCAGCCCUGAGAGCCCGGCGGGCUGUGCUACCCCAAGAUGAUGAGGGCUCAGGGGCUGGGCAACAAAUACCUGAUUUCCACAAGAAAGAAGAUUCCUGCCAGCUGGAGCAUGACGUAGGUCCCUGCCUGGGGAUGACCAACAGGUAUUUCUAUAAUGGCUCAUCCAUGGCCUGUGAGAUUUUCCAAUAUGGCGGCUGCUUGGGCAACGGCAACAACUUUUUCUCAGAGAAGGAGUGUCUGCAGACCUGCCGAACUGUGGCGGCCUGCAAUCUCCCCAUAGUCCCUGGCCCUUGCAAAGUCGUCUUCCAGCUCUGGGCAUUUGAUGCUGUCCAGGGGAAGUGCAUCCUCUUCAACUAUGGGGGCUGCCAGGGCAAUGGCAACAAGUUCUACUCAGAGAAGGAGUGCAAGGAGUACUGUGGCACUCCUGGCGAUGAUGAGGAGCUGCUGCGAUUCAACAACUGA